AUGAGUCAUCCUGAUAGUAUUAGAUUCAGAAGAACAAAUAUUGCAAUUGUUGACAAAUUAAAUAAUUCAGAUAAUUUAAUGGUGUCAAAUUUAAGUACCAUUGAUGAUAAACUUGUUAAUACCGUGAAGCAUACAGUGUCGUCUCCUCAAUUUCUUGAUUCACUUCAACAAUCGCUAGUCUCUGGCCCCUUUAUAGCAGAAUUAUGUAAACAAAUCGCGUCGUCACCCGUUUUCGUUGAUUUGAUAACAUCGAUGGUAUCUUCUACGUUAAAACAACAACAAGAAGAGAUUUGUCGGCUACAAAAAACGGUUGAUGAUUUUGAUGAGACAGUAGCUGAUCUCAAAGACCAGGUGGAUAAGCUGGAAUUGAAAUGCGACCGACUUGAACAGUAUAACAAACGAAAAAAUCUAAUCAUCCACGGAGUACCCGAGACGCAAAAUGAAAAUACCGACAAAAUAGCUGUUGAAGUAGCCAAAAUUACCGGUCAUAUAUUAGAUGAAAAAUUUAUUUAUUCCUCACAUCGCUUACCAUCUAAAAUGAUAAAUGCUCCUCGACCGAUUGUUGUGAGUUUUUUACGAUACUCCGAUCGGCAGGCGAUAAUUAAAAAUCGGAGAAAAUUGCGUCAAUAUGAACGAUAUAAAACUACUUUUAUUAAUGAACAUUUAAAUUCGCUGAAUAAUAAUCUUUUUCAUCAUGCGAGACAUAAGUUGAUCAAACACGGAGUAUAUUCUAGAAAUGGAAAUGUUCUAUAUAUUGAUGCACAUAUGAAAAUACAUUUAUUAACAUCGUACUCCAUUAUUGAUCAGUUGGCUCUACGUAUUUGA